AAACACACCCGGUGCUUUUUACCACCCGAGACCUAACGUUGCUAUGGCGCCUUGGAUUCCCCAGAACAUACAGAAGCGACUCUUGCGCUAUGUACUCCAGCAGCUUUCGCUCUUUUCGGAGAUUGAUUUGCCAAACGUGGACGUAUCCCUUGGAACCCAGUCACAAAUCUCACUCAGAGACCUCCAGCUAGAUCCCGACAAGGUCUCCAUUCCGGGGAUGUCAAUGCGAGGCGGGCUCGUUAAGGAGCUAGAGCUACGGUUGACGGUUACGGACGGAAUCAGCAUCGAUGCCAGCGGGGUGGAAAUCAUUCUUGCUCCUACCGUCAACUCCACCGCCAAAGAAACCGGCUUCUCCCUCGCCCAGAGCCGCAACGAUCUCGCCAGCAGCGUCAUGGUGGGGUUUGCCGAUGAAGGAACCAGCGAGGAGUCUAGUGAGGAAGAGGCUAAGGAUUCUGGUGCGGCUUUGAGCGGAGUGAUGGCCAGGGCUGCUGAAAUGGCGUUGGCGCGCAUUCUGGUAAAGAUCUCCGACGUUCGACUCCGCAUCAUCUCGGACCAAGCCACGGUCGAUGUAGUGGCCGCAAAGGUCGCAUUUCUGGUUGAGGAGGGGGUCCGAAAUGUCCUGGUGGAGGGUGUUGAGUGCAUUAUGGUCAAGCCCGAGGUCCAUCCGGGAACCUACCAGAACGCUGAGUCUGAGGGAAACACCUCCGAUUCUGGGUCCGAUUCCGACUUUGACGAGGAUGCGAUGUCUGGUUCCAUGACGGCGGAAGAUGGCAGAAAGUCGCUCUUCCAGAGCGCCUACUUUUCCCACGAAGAGGCUAGCUCGCUUUACAUGAGCGCCAACUCUAAUGUCUUGGGCCCUAAAAAGGAUGGCCCAGAAAAACCCGCCGUUCGGUUGCUCCACGUCAAUACCGCCACGAUUUCAUUCAAAGGGUUGUCCGACAUUGAAGACCUAGACGUCUGCAUUGAUUCCAUCAAGGUGGCGGCUACGCCCUUUCCUGAGGCUGUGGCUGAGAUCCUUGGCUCGCUCACCCGUUUGAAGAAACUCAAUGCGGUGCUUCAGAGAAAAGCCAUGGGGGUCCGUGGGAGCAAGUCCCAGGAGGAAGAAGCUGACACCGAAGAAGAUCCCGUCUCGCCGUUUAGGGGCUUGAGCGUUGAGCAGGUGGCAAUGAGUUUCACGUCCGCCUUAUUGGCUAACGGGCAGUUCUUUGAUCCCGCCGCUCUUUGUCUCAACCUCAGCGGCUUGGAAGUGACCCAAAAGAACUCAGACUUGCUUUUCGGGGGCGCAGCCAAGAUCGCUAUCCUAAACGGGUGCGGCACGGUGAUGCAGUUUUGUAGUGAAUCCACGGAGCCCAAAAAGGACAUGUUGUUUGAGAUUCUGAAGAACCCGACCACAAAACAGCAGGAGAUCACAGUCCUCUUGCCUAAGAGGGUGGAGUUGAGACUAGACAGCGACAGCUUGACCCCUUUUCUCGAGCUCAACCACAAACUAGGGCCUGUCUUGGACGUCUACACAAGGUUUUCCGCAGCAGCCGGUACUUCGACCGCCCCUGGGGCCAAGCCCAAAGUCAUAUUUCAGUCCUCCUUGGUCGAUAUCCAGCUUGCCUUGAACCCGGCUCAUAUUUUGCAUUUGAAGGUGUUGCCUGUUUCGUACAACUCUGUAGACGGGAUCGCCAGCAUCAAGAAGCUCUAUGUGAGUGAUACAGCACAGGCCAAUGACGAAAUUUUGACCCUUACAGCCAUCCAGUACCACGUUUUCCCCGAGGCCAGGAGAAUCAAGUCCUUGGAGAAGUCUCGCCAAAACGGACAUCUAACUACAACCUGCAAGCUAUCGAUUGAUGGCAUCAACUUUUUGCACGAUUUCGAAAAAUUAAAGGUUAUACGGGAGGCCUGGAGCGUUUUUGUCCAAACGUUGCCAAAAUUCCCCUCUCCAUCUCCGAAGCCUGCGUCGCCUCUUAAAAGCUCCAGAAUCGGCGGUUCGGUGUACUUUCAGACCGUCAGAAAGGCGCUCUCCCUUUACAUCGAAAUCAAGCAGAUAAGCGUGAACUUUUCCCAGGUUGCUGAAAACUUUGGAAAUCUUAAUGCCGUCACGCACGAGGUGUCAGCACACCUUUACAACACCGGCGAAUGGAACGUGUUUGUUAUGGGUGGUGUGGUCUCGCGAAGCCAUGGAAAAACGAGGGAAACGGUUCUUGAGAAGGCAAUCCAGGAAGACCGCAGCUCUCCGAUCAUUGCGGUAAAGUCCCCCGACCCGAGCAUCAUCACUGUUACGUUGAGUAACCUUUUGCUUGAAUACUACGCCAAUUGGAUACAACUCCUUGGUGCAGAUAGCCAGGGAAGCUCCACGGUAGAGAACGGAGUGUCGGAGGUUGACGGAAACGAUGCGAAGGCUAAUCCGCCACAGAUCAGAGUAGUCUUGGUGGAUUGUAUUACGGGCCUUAACCCAGGAAGGCUCAAGGCAAAAGGGUUGUUAGUGAUCCAGAAAGGUACGGUGGAUGUGGCAAUGGGCGCGGAAAUCAAGGUCAAGACAAGCAUCAAGUCAGCCUCGCUUCUCUUGAUAGACAACGCUGCUAACGUGUUGAGCCCCCAUGAGUGCAAAAGCAAGCGUCUUUUCAACGUCAGUGGGGAGAAUCCGGCCCUCACAUGGUCCCAUACCUCGUGGUACUGUCUGCGGGGGUUUGUUUCCGUGGGUGAGGUAGCCUCCUUGCAGGUGGAUGUAGUGGUUAACGAUGCCAAAUCGUUACGAUCGACGGCUAAGCGCGUACUAGCCCUAGUAGAGGUGAAAAUCCACUCCAAUACUUGGAAGCUUGAACUCUGCCCUGACUCUUCUCAAACGCUAACCCUGAUCAUCACCGAUUUGAAGCAGCCGGUGGUAUUUCGGGACGAAGAAAAAUACCUCAGACAAGCACCCGAGGGUACUGACGUGUUCCAGGAUGUGGACGAGAGUGCCUUCUGCUACAACGCGAGCAAGAUCUCUCUCCCCAGUAGCUCAUCAAAUUCACUAAACAUGGUGAAUAGCUUUUACAACUCCCAGAUGGAGGGCAAUUCCAGAGACAAUUCGCUUGUUUCAGACGGCACUGAGACGCAAUCCAGCAGAGAUCGCCUUUCGCUCCACCUUGACUUUGACGAAGACCACUUCUCAAACGAGCCAGAGGCUCAGGAGCGUGUUACCUCUCAGGACGAGUCCUCAAGCGCGAUUUGCCCAAUGAAGCUUUACUUUGAUGCCACCUCGGUGAGUAUUGGGUUGUACGACGGGUUUGAUUGGAAAGAAACGCGGCAGACAGUGGGUAAUGCCAUCAAGCGGAUCGAAACCAAGGCGCUGGAGGAGAACCGGAAGCGAGGUGGCUCCAAAACACCUACGAGUGAGAGGUCACGGAGAAGUUCCCAUGAUAAAGGGUACGUCAAUUUGAACAGCGAGUAUGUUGGCGAUGAUUACAACGUUAUAGGUGAAACCAUUUAUGAUUCCAUCCAUGUCUCGUUCCCUAUUGGUAAGGACCCGGCCGAAUUGAUCACUGGUAUUAACAAAACCGUCAUGGAGGAGGAAGCCACCCCCCAGGGUGAAAUUUCGAUUGGAAAGUAUGCCCGAAAGUUGAGGCUCCGUCGCUCCAAGUUCCAAAAGAUCCAGCUUAUCGCAACCGGUGUCCACGCGGAGGUGAAUGUUCUAGCUUCCGACGAUCCGUCUGUAAGAGAGACGCUUGAUAUUCGACGAGACAUGGACGACGACGACUCCCAGAUUAUGACCUCUAUCGACGUGCGGGUCGACAACUUUGAAAUCAUCGAUAACGUCCCCACCUCCACCUGGAACAAAUUUUUGUCCUACAUGAGAGAUGCCGGUGACCGGGAGGAGGGUAUUUCAAUGUUGCAUGUUGCGAUAGACAUGGUGAAGCCGAUUCGAGAGCUUGCAACCGUAGAGCUUGUGUUGACAGUGAAGGUCUUGCCGGUGCGAUUGUAUGUCGACCAAGACACGUUGGACUUUCUCACGCGGUUUGGCGAGUUUAAGGACUCGCGGUUUUUGUUGGAGAGCCCAGAUGACGAGAUCUUGUACAUUCGCAAAACGGUGGUGGACGCAGUGAAGUUGAAGCUCGACUAUAAGCCGAAGAAGAUCGACUACAUGAGCUUACGUUCGGGCCGAACCUCCGAGUUUGUCAACUUUUUUAUCCUUGACGAGUCGUCCAUGACCCUACGCCGGGUUGUAUUGUUCGGAGUUGCUGGGAUUCCCAAGUUGGUGGAACUUCUCAAGGCAAUCUGGACGCCCGACGUUUGCGCUAACCAGUUGCCAGGGGUUUUGGCUGGCUUGGCGCCGGUAAAGUCCAUUGUGAAGAUUGGGGCGGGGUUCAAGGACUUGGUGGCGGUGCCGAUCAAGGAAUACAGAAAAGACAAACGGCUUGUUCGGUCGCUUCAAAAGGGUGCAAUGUCUUUCGCCAAAACGACAGGAAGCGAGUUGUUAAAGUUUGGCGUCAAGGUUGCCGCUGGCACCCAAGCUAUCUUGGAGAACGCCGAGGAGGCGAUGGGUGGCGACGGCGCUGCUUCCAGGUUAAACUCUCCUCAUAGAGCGAUAGAUGAUCUGGAUGACUCUGAAGAGCCUAGCAGUCCUGACAAGCGGAACAAUGAGAUGAACUCGUCGCAGUUGAUUGGCCGAAGUUCGUUAUCCAACAGUUUCAUGGAUCCGUUUGCACAGAGGUCUAUGUACAGAUCUCGUUUGCAGACGUAUAACGAGGAAGGGGAAGACAUUGACGAGGAUGCGUUCAUGGCUACAUCUCAUAAGAGUAAGGCGAGUAAUGCAGACUUUCUCGACAUCCAACACCGAUACAAUGUUGGCGAAACGGAAUACGACGAGGAGGAGGAAGAUAACGAAAGCCAGAAGGUUAUUUCUCUCUACGCUCAACAGCCUGUUGAUGUGAAGGAGGGUUUCCAGGAUGCGUACAGGAGUCUCGGUCACAACUUGGAUGUGGCCAGAAAGGCGAUUGUGAAUGCUGGUGCGGAGGCCGCCGAUGUGGGUAGUGCUCAGGGAACUGCAGCUGCAUUGGCUCGAGCUGCUCCUGUAGCCCUUCUCCGCCCGAUGAUUGGGGCGACGGAAGCCUUUUCCAGGGCGUUGAUGGGGGCUACCAACCAGUUGGACCCCGAGGAGCGGUUGAGAUUGCAAGAGAAGUACAAGCUGCUUCUGACGGGGCGGUUGUUUUAAGCCCUUGUAUGUGUUUAGUUUCCAGCCUCGCCGAAGUCUAUGAAAACGUUUGGAAUGUGUUAGAGACCAGCUUUGUAGUAAACGUGUAUUCUAGAGUACAGUAUCGAUACGGUUUCUUAAAUGGAGAAGCCCUAUUGAUAUAUUGUAGAACCCUGCUUUUGGGGAGUUUUCUAUGCAAAUAGCUAAAUGAACUUUGGUGUG